AUGAACAGCAAGAACUGGAACGACCGAGCGGACAAGGACCUCUUUUUCACCAUUCUGUCGGUCAAACACAUUGGCGUCAUUAGCGGCGCAGAAUGGACCAUUAUCGGGAAACACAUGCGCACCCUCGGCUACGGAUUCUCCAAUGAAGGUUGCCGACAACACUUUCAAGGCCUUCGGCGUGCGCAAAACAAGAUCGAGCCGGCCAAUGGCACGAUACCGCGUAGCGGUGCCAGCAGUGCCGCGGCUGCAUCCGCAAAUCGGAUUGAUCCAGCGCUGAAUCCCAUCACACGCCGGCCGGGCGGCCCUGGUCGACGGCGGUCACGGAAGCUGUCCUCGGCAGCCGAGGACUGUGAGGGCAACGGUGAUGACACCCGUGCCGACACGAGACUAAGCUCCCGGGUGGACGACAACACGGCGUCCAUGGUCACCGCGUUGGCCGAUGUGAAAGCUGACGUGGACGCCGACGACAGCAAGGUCGACCCUGACGGCGAGGGUGAGAUCGACCCUGAUGCCCCGAUUACUGCUGCAACACCCGGUCCGUUGUCUACGGGGAACGGCACUGCAGCCGACUUGAGCUCGGAUCUCCUUGCUGUGGCCACAGCGAGCGGUCUGCAGCCUCUCUUGGCACAUACACACGGCCACGCUCCUGUCCACCCACCGCGAGGAAUAGGCAAUGGCUCGUCUGCAGACAAUGUGGCUGGACUGGCUGCCAGUGGCGUGGUCGGCAACAAUCUUGGGGCCGCGACUGCCGACGCACCUUUACAUCACAACCACAACCACGACCCGCAUCAGCUAGAACAGCAUCUACAUGGGCAUCAGGUUCCACAACACCACAUGGUACAGGAACACCACCACCACCACGAACAAAAACAACAACAACAAGAACAAGAACAACACUACCACCACCAGCAACAACAGCAGCAGCAGCAACACCAGCACCUGCAACAUCAACACCAACAUAUUCACCAACACGUACCGCAACAGCAUCAAAGCCACCGACCAUUACCACAAGACGUGCUUCCAAACAACAAGCAAAGAACCCCGGGUGUCGACGAUGCACCUGUACAAACGGACUAUGCGGAGCUCUUCGCUCAAGAAAAGCUUGCUCAUCAGCAGCUCCUCCAGCAGCAUCUGCGCGAACAGAGGCAAUUUCAGGAACGGCAGCACCAGAUUCUCAGCCAGCAUCGUCUCCAACAAUUCAUUGAGCAACAACAGCAGCAGCAGCAGCAACAACAACAACAUAACAAUACAGAACCCAAACUACAUUCGCUCGAAGACGCUGCUGGCGAAGAUGAAGACGUGCCUGGAAUGGGUCCCGUCAGUGUGCCCGGAAGCGCCAGCAUCAGCGCCAGCGUCGGUGCCAGUGUCGGCUUGGGCAUGGCGAACAUGGGCACACAAGUCAUGGGUGAACCGGGCAUACCGGCAGAGCAUGACGCGGAUGGUGAACAUGAGGACGAUAGUGCAUCCGACGACGAACACGACGACGACCACGAAGCAAAACGACAAAAGCUGGACUCUGACGCUCAUGACUCGACGCUCGAGGACGAAGCGGUUUUGACCGCGCUGGCUGCACACAACCGUGCCGCUUUUCCGACAGAGUGA